UGGAAAGACGAGGUGGUCAUAUGACAGGCAGAACUGCGGUCACAUGAUUUCCAGCAUACCGCUCUGUGCUUUUGCUGUUUGUGAAAGAUUUUAGCUGCAGAUUUUGACCGAACCGAGAGAAAUGGCAGAGAGAGAAGAAAACGAGCGGCUCUUCAGUGAAAACCAUCAUGACACAGGAACCUCAGGGCGCAUGUCGCCCCUCCGUGACCCGAACCACCUGCUCCACAGAAUCAUUGUGCUGUUUUUUAUGUGUUUUUUGGGUUUCGGCAGCUACUUCUGCUACGACAAUCCAGCUGCUCUUCAGAAGCAAAUCAUCCAGGAUAUGCAGUUAAACACUUCCAAGUUCAUGCAGCUCUAUGCCUGGUACUCAUGGCCCAAUGUAUUCCUCUGUUUCCUGGGAGGCUUUCUAUUGGACAGAGUUUUUGGCAUCAGGUUGGGAACAGUGAUCUUUGCACUGUUUGUGUGUGUUGGACAGGUGAUAUUUGCAUUAGGUGCUUUGGUUGAUCAUUUCUGGUUGAUGGAGUUUGGCCGCUUUGUUUUUGGCAUUGGAGGGGAGUCUUUGGCCGUGGCACAGAACACAUACGCAGUGAACUGGUUCAAAGGGAAGGAGCUCAACCUGGUGUUUGGCCUGCAGCUCAGCAUGGCUAGAGUGGGCAGUACAGUCAAUAUGAACAUUAUGGGCUCGGUGUACGAUCACAUGAAGACUGUGCUGGGCCAAACGGGCUACUUCACUCUAGGAUCUGCUCUCAUGAUCGGGGCCACGACGUGUGUCUUAUCGCUGUUCUGCGCUCUGGUGUUGGGCUUCCUGGACAAGCGAGCAGAGAGGAUACUCAACAAGGAGCAGGGGAAGACUGGGGAAGUGAUCAAGCUGAAGGAUGUGAAAGACUUCCCUUUGCAGCUAUGGCUAAUUUUUAUCAUCUGUGUGGGAUAUUACGUCGCCAUCUUCCCCUUUAUCGGCCUGGGACAAGUCUUCUUCAUUGAAAAGUUUAACUUCAGUCCAACUGAGGCCAGACUAAUCAACAGCAUUGUUUACAUCAUCUCUGCUCCGGCCUCUCCUGUGUUGGGUUUAAUGGUGGAUAAAACGGGCAAGAAUAUAAUUUGGGUUAUGUGUGCUGUCAUCACCACGCUGCUCGCUCACAUGAUGCUGGCUUUCACUUUCUGGAACCCCUGGUUUGCUAUGGUUAUCUUGGGAUUGUCCUAUUCGCUGCUGGCCUGUGCUCUCUGGCCAAUGGUGGCUUUUGUAGUGCCAGAACACCAGCUGGGUACAGCCUAUGGAUUUAUGCAGUCUAUCCAGAACCUGGGGCUGGCGCUCAUUUCCAUGGCAGCAGGAAGCAUUCUUGACAGCAAGGGUUACCUCAUCCUCGAGGUCUUCUUCUGUGCUUGCAUUUGCUUGGCUCUGAUAGCAGUGGUGGGGCUCUAUUUUUUGGACUUUCUUCGAGGUGGAGAGCUGAACCUUUCAGCUGCAACCCGGGCCAGUCUACAAAAGACCUCAUCUUCGGAGUCAGAGUGAAGCCCAUUCACUCCGUUGGCUCCACCCAGCCUGCUGUGAGCCGUCUCACUGGACAACCUGACCUGUCGAUCACACACUGGUGGGGGUGUUUCUGCACUACUGCACUGCUACUGCUCCUCACCACACUGACCAAUGCUGUCUUAUUGCACUUCUAAGCUAACACCAUACUGACAGCUAACUAGGGCUGCAACAAAUAUUUGAUAAAUUGGAUAAUCACAAUAUUAAAAAAUUUGACUUUCAAAUAACCAACACGUUCACCACUUUGAUGCAUUUAUAUGGGGACAUUUUUUUACCAAGCACACAGUUUCCAGCACUGCACACCAGACUUAUUGGAUUUUGGCUCUAGUUUGUUAGCUAGCAUGUUCUCAGCUGCAUUUUUUAUCAAGGAUAAAUGAGAGCACACCAGCUACCCAGAUUUCUGGAGCAGGAAGAAAUGUAUUCAGGCUGCACUGGACGAUAAAGCCAGCAUGUCUGAGUCUAGCUCCAGAUUCGAACAGCCUAAAAAGUUAUUUUCAUUUUUAAGAUGAUUAAUAAGACGCUGUUUCCUGCACCGCUCAUCUCCCACGCUCAGAAACCUGUUUAGGGUUGCCAGAUUGGCCAGGAUCCCUAAGUUAGCAUCUCCACGCAACUUGUCAUGAAAAUAAUGAUGUACGAGCAGCGUUUAUUUUUUACCUUGUGGUAAUUCAAUUUAAUUGAAUAUAAACAUAAGGGUAUGGUACGAAUAGUGCACAAGCAAUAGUAGGUAGUUACUAUUUGUAUUUUAAAAGUAUAUUGUUUGCACCACAAAGUACAAUAGAGGAAAAAAAAGCAACCAAACCUGUUAUGAACAAAGUAGGAAUGUGCAGGGAACUUAAACAAAUACCCAGAAAGGCUUGUACAAAUUAAAUAAAUAGAAUGUUCAAACAGUCAAGAAAAUAUUCAAUAGAACAUUUGAAAGUGAAAAUAUGAAAUUGUUGCAGCCCUACAACCAGCACUGCUGUAGGACCAUCUCGCUCAAAUCCUCCUUAACAGCCUCCUCUCCUCAUCUUUUGACUCCAGCCAUGAAACGAAAAAAGGAAAACAGCAGAAAGGUACGCAGGCUGAGGAGUGGACGCUGUAGGUGGAUUUGGCACAACCCCUCAGGCCCCCCUUGGGCUCACCCAGGGACAGAACUGACCUUUUAGUAGUGCUGAUGCAUUCUAGGUUGGUUGUGGGGAGCUGUGGACGACGUCCUGUCACUCUCUCAACACAGCCUCAGGGCAGCUGGCCAUCAGCCGCUGGAAUUGAACAUACCGCUUCUUAUUACAAGUCAUGUGAGGCCACUUCUUUCCUGCCGACAUUUGCACCGGUGGAUCUUCACUCAUUGGAAAACUCUUAUUUUCCCCUUUACUACAACCCAGCUGUGACUUUUCUGUUCAGGGCACUGUCCACUUGUUCUUCGACACCUAAAUUGUGAAGACAGUAGCCCAGGCCCUGUGAGAAAAGUGUGCUUCAGCCAACUGCCUUAGUUCUUUUAUGACUGGAAUUUUGUAUUUGCUUUUUUUUUUUUUUUUUUUAAAUUAGACUUUAUCCAGACUGUAAUGUUUUGUGUCUGACUAACAUCUGUCAUUAACAUUUUGAAAAACGGGCUUUAUGUAAAUAGUUCAAUUACAAAGAGAGUCAGGAGGUAACUAAUGUUUUUAUUCAAAUUGCCUUAAACAUUUUCAAGUAUAUCAAACUUUCUUUACAAGAGUGAGUUGACGAUUAAAUGUAUUUUUUUUUUAUUUUUUUUUUUUAUUUAAACCCAUUUAUUCACAGGUUACAGACUGGUUUUACUCACAACUGAACUCAUUUUGCAUUAUUUUCUAUGUAGUAGCUUAAUAAUACACAUGUGGCUGUUUAUCAGUAUUGAGGGAUCUAGUCCAAAGCUUUUUAGCCUUGAUACUGGAAAAAGCAGUAACUUUUCUCGGACUCUGUAACAUUUGUCAUGUCUGUUUGAUAUCUUGCUAAGAUUUUCAUAUUUAUUCAUCUACAAAUGAUUUAUGAUUGAAGUAAUGGAACAAAAUGGCACAUUCUUUAGUUGCUUGAAACUUACGUGAAACUAAAUUGCACAGGAGUUGCAUAACAAAGUGUCUUGCACUUCCCGCAACAGUUGCAGGCGGCUCAGGCAGACAAAAUUCUGAUCUGAUAAGGCAUCACGUUGAAGAACAUGCUUUCAAAGCAUUGAAUUUACAGGAUCAGCGGACAAGAAAUUAAAAGAUGGUUUAUUGGGUGUUUGACAAGGAGACCUUUAGUCUCGAGGUACUUAAGACUGUUAGCUUUUCAUUUGAUCAGUUUUCUGAGUAAUGAUGACAAAGGCGAGUUUCUCAGAGAUGUCUUGUUCCUUAACAAGACAUUUUAAUGAGCUUACAGGUUUUCUCGAUGCCCCAUGAUUUUACACAGAGCUAGGAUUCAUUGAGGAACCAAGAAAUAGCUACUUCAAUAUUUAUUUUCAAAGCUUACAUACACUUGACAGAUAAAAAUGAAAUAUAUACGCAUCACAAAAAGAUGAUAAACAUGCUGUAAAUGUGUAAAUAUUUAUACCUUACAGUGUAUCAAGAAUGGGAGCUGCCAAUUCGGUUGACUAGUGGUAACUGAUUGUGUUGAGUGCAACUUUUUUUUUUUUUUUUUAAAUUACUUUGUCAAGUUGCACAGAAGUUAUGUUGCAGGCAACUCACCACAUGCAGCAAGUUGUAUAAAUGUUUCACUAUGUAACGCCUAUCUUAGAGUUUCACUGAUAAUCUGAUAACCUGAUUCAGAGUUCUUUACAUUCAAAUAGGGUUUUGGACGAUUUUUGGUCAGUAUUAUUACAUUGUUUUUGGUUACUUUUGGAUUUUAUUUGUUCAUGUUCAAUCAAGUGGGUAAUUUGCAACUUUCAACAAAUAAUUUAAGGAAGCUUUGGUUGACCAGUUAUCGAUUGCUAUCAAAAGAUUCCAUGUAAAUCAGUAUCAACUUUCACUAUCUAAAGCCCUGUUUGGACAGGAUUAGUUUUACAUGAAGAAGUAGGGUCAGUACUUUUGACUGCUGUGUCUGUGAUUUUAGUCCUGUCUGAAUGCAGCAUGUCAGUCAUUUAGAAAUGACAUCAGAUCAUAUUAAACCUGCGCAAAUCGA